AUUGUUCAAAGGUUGAACUUGAUUCUCUUAGAGGUCUCUUCCAACCUAAAUGAUUCUGUGAUUCCUGAAAGUUUCCUGUGUUUGUGUGUGAGCUGGUGUUGAUAAGCCACAGAGAUUAUUUGGCCUCUGGAGCACUUUAAGUCUGAUCGUGCAGAAGAUAAAAGAGCCUGUGACCUUUUCUCUGACACAGGAGGCAGCUCAAAUAACCCUGUUGAACUCAAGAGUUGGAUUUGAAGCUGGCCUAGAGACCUCUGGAUGAAAGGUGAGAGUGCCCCACUCACAGGCCCAUCUGAGCUAUGACUUGAGCUACAAGAAGGAGAAGAUGGACUGGGCAGGACAGUAUGUGCACUAAAGCCUAUCACAACCUAGACAUAGGAAUUCAACAGAGUUUGAAGAAAAAUCAGAAUCAAUUUCUGAAAACUUUGAUUCCUGAAUUUAUGGGAUUGGAUAUUCCCCUGAAAAGACCACAAAUUUGAACUCAAACCCUGCCCACCCAAGAUAUUGAGAAUUAGCAAGAAACAAGGACCCUUAGGUCAGCUUUGGAGGGAGCUGCUGCUGGUUACAAGGACAGUUUCAGAUAUACACAAAACCAGAUAUGCCUUUGUGGUCUCAGUGGUGGUGUGAGCCAUGAAGUCAUGUUGCAGAUGUGGCGUGUGUUCAGUUUUGCUUUCAUUCUGAAAGUGGCAUAUUGAGCCCGUCUAUCAGCAUAGAGAAAUUCAGGUUGGAAGGGACCCCUGGUGGUCAUCUGGUCCAAUCUCCUACUCAAAGCAUGUUUGACUAGAUCAGGUCUGUAUUUGCUGAGGUGCAAGAUGUGUGCCAUGAGGCUGAUCUCCAACAGAACCUCCCAGCAGGCCUUGUCUAACUCUGAUUACACUUGGGACUAUGAGUACUAUGAGUAUGGACCUGUGUCAUUUGAAGGCCUGAAGGCUCAUAAGUAUUCCAUUGUGAUUGGAUUUUGGGUUGGUCUUGCAGUUUUUGUCAUCUUCAUGUUUUUUGUUCUGACCCUGCUGACGAAGACAGGAGCACCACAUCAAGACAAUGCAGAAAUUUCUGAAAAAAGAUUUCACAUGAACAGCUUUGUGGCAGAUUUUGGAAAACCUCUGGAGUCCGAGAGGGUCUUUUCUCACCAAAUGGCUGAAGAAUCCCAGUCACUUUUUCAUUUCUGCAUUAAUGAAGUGGACCAUAUGAACAAAGAAAAAGAGAGUCAGAAAGGUCCAAGUUUGGAGAGUAAUACCCACUUCCAGGAGGUUCCCAAGAGCAGUGGAAUGUUUGAGGAAGACUUACAUUGUCUUACAAAAUUUAACAUUCCUAACUUUGUGAACACUGAGCAGAACUCUUCAUUAGGUGAGGAUGAUCUCCUCAUCUCAGAGCCACCAAUCAUUUUAUAAAGCAAACUGGUUAUGCAAUCUUAACAUUAGAUCCUUGAUUGAAAAAUCUUUUGCUUUAAGGUAAACCUCCUUGUUAUUGUCCAGUUUGAAGCCUUUCUUGGCCUCCUGCUCUUUUGACAGAAGGUAUUUCAGACCUGUGCUUUUUAUUGUACGUAAGACUGCCUGUCCUGAUGGAACUCAGUUUAGACAAGAAGUAAGACACUGAAUGCUUUAUUCUGAUGCCUUCUGUGGUCUAAAACUUCUGCCCAGUAUUAUUUUUGCUUUAUUAUUUUUGUUUGUUUGUUUGUUUCUUGUAUUGUUCUUAAUUUUUAAAUGACUACUUAUGACCAGCUUCUGAAAGAUAAUAAUUUACAAGGAUUGUGAAGGCUGGAGCCUGGCAUUGGGAGUUCUCUGAAAAUUCAUUAGCCAAGAAAAGUGUAAGUGUCAAAGAAGACUGAAGAAAGGAAUAAACAGCCCCUGGGGAUGUUCUGUAGUUUAUGCUGCUCCCAAUAAGGAUGCCUGAAGCUGAGCACCACAAUAAAUACCUGCUUGGGACUAACUUCAGUUUCUGAUCCCUAACUGCUUUUUGGUGCAGGUUAAACCCAACUUACAAAGCUUCCAGAGGGAAUACCUUGCAAAUUAAAUUGUGUGGUUACACUGUUUACAAAAUGCUAUCACCACCUGCUGCUGAGUAAAAGCAAAUUGGUGCCUGUAAUUAUACUUCAGAAUGAUACCUCAGCAGCUGCCCGUGAUGACAUGGAAUUAGUAUUCUGCACACAAACACAAACUGUGAUUUGACUUUCCUUUUUUUUUUUUUUUCCUGCUAAUUGCUGAUGUGAACUUCCAGUUCAGCAAUUACUGGAUUAAGUAGCUAAAUCACAGGAAAUAAGAAAAAACCUAUUUUUCUUCUGCCAAUAAAGUUGCUACAUGCAAA